AUGAACAUAGUCAAUAAGCAUAUUAUGUUGGUGGUGCUGCUGCUGAUCACCUUUUACACCACUGCCCUUUGCAUUCCUGAUGAUGCAGCAGAAAAUAUAAUCCAUCAAAAUCUUGAGCAAAGGUUUGAGUCGGAUAAUAUUGGCGACUCUACCCGAGUAAGUAAUUCAGAAUGUCUAACUGAUGUUACAAAUGAUGCUGAAGGAGUCAUAAGAUUAUUUGAAAGUCAUCCUGCACUACAUUCCAACAUAUUAGCCCUGGUUGAUUAUGUGAAAGCCUUGGUCAAAGUUGAUAGGCUUGAGGAAAGUGAAUUGCUCAAGACACUGCAAAGAGGUAUGUCCAAUGCUUCGAUGGAGAAUGUUGGGAAGUCCACGAAAGGAACUGAUAGUGCUCCCAUUGUCGAAGAAGAACGAGGGCAAUCGAUCAAAAACAAGUUAAAAUGGGCUUCUCUGUGGGAUCAAGUAAUCGACCUACUCCUAGCACGAAGUCCGGUAAAAAAAAAUAGUGAUCAAGUGGUGAAACCUGCUCCUAGCACAAAGUCCGGUACCAGAGUCAGUGAUCAAGUGGUGAAACCUGCUCCUAACACGAAGUUCGGUACCAUAGUUAGUGAUCAAGUGGUGAAACCUGCUCCUAGCACGAAUUCCGGUACAAUAGUUAGUGAUCAAGUGCUAAAACCUGCUUCUAGCACGAAUUCCGGUACCAUAGUUAGUGAUCAAGUGGUGAAACCUGCUCCUAGCACGAAUUCCGGGACCAUAGUUAGUGAUCAAGUGGUGAAAACUAAUCCUAGCACGAAUUACAGUACAAUAUUUAUAGGUAAUGACCAAGAAGUGGUUGAACCGAUUCCUAGCACGGAGUCAAGUACAAAAUUUAGUGAUGUUCAGGGUGUUGAUGAGGCCAAAGCCGAGCUGGAAGAAAUUGCACAAUAUCUUCGCAAUCCUGAGCGGUUCACAAGUCUAGGAGCUAAGCUCCCCAAGGGGGUUUUGCUUGUUGGUCCACCUGGGACAGGUAAAACCAUGUUAGCAAGAGCCAUUGCGGGAGAAGCUGGAGUACCAUUCUUCUUCAAAAGCGGAAGUGAAUUUGAUGAACAGUGGGUCGGUGUAGGAGCAAGGAGAGUUAGGGAUCUAUUUGCUGCAGCAAAGAAGUGCUCUCCUUGUAUAAUUUUCAUUGAUGAAAUAGAUUCAUUUGGAGGGUGCCGUAACCCCAGAGAUAAUAAAUCCGCCAACAUGACCUUGAAUCAGUUUCUUGUCGAGCUUGAUGGCUUUAAGCAAAAUAAUGGAAUUAUUGUGAUUGCUGCAACCAACUUCCUCGAGUUUCUGGAUAAAGCACUUGUAAGACCUGGACGUUUCGAUCGGAAUGUUGUUUUACCCAAUCCAGAUGUUGAAGGACGGAGACAUAUUAUGGAAUCUCACAUGUCAAAGGUUAAUAAUCUUGUCUUUAAAAAUCUUCUACUGCUUUGGAAACUUAUAAAUUUCAAGGAUACAGUGAUAAUCAAACCCCUUCAGUUUGUUUUGCUGUUUAGUGUUUAA